AGAGUUGUUUAGCAUACCAACGGAAAAUAGCUGAAGGAAGUGAUCUUGUAUUGUCUUAGGGCCGCAAAAAUCUUGUUAAAUUCAUCGCGAUCUCUCGUAAAAAGAUUUUAAAACGGAAACAAAGCAAUGACACAUCGAAAUGAAACGAUGAUCUUUCGUGAUCAGCUUGCUGAUGAUUGAUAUUAGACACAGAAAGAAAGGAAGUCGAGUUUUCGAGAACUAUGUUAUCGACUUGGACGAUACCUACAGAUCCAGGUUUUGAUACAAGAAGACCUACAAACGAAGAUCGAUACAGUCCAGUGUACGCUGAAAGGCUACCAAAGGCUAGAGUAAAACCUGAAGCACUUUCAAAUGCGAUAAAAAACCAGGGAACCUUAGCGCAGUUGUUUAAUCCUUCGGCAAGACCUUACUCCGUCGGAUCAAGACCAGGUGAAUUUUAAGCUUACAAUAAUUUCAUUAAUCACGCCAGUUUAAAGGUGUGAUCAGCAUAGACUCGUUUUAGUAUCACCUCCACAUAUAAACCAGUGUAAAUUCAUGCCCAAGCAAAACUUUAUUGUGUGCAGAAAAGUAGUCAUCUAAGUUUCCUGCUUUCUUUGAUGAUUAAUGCAGCUCUUGCCUGUAGUGUUUAUUGCAGUAUUCAGUGAACGCUUGUGAAUCAGUUUAGUUAUUUCCUGAUGUGCUACGUGUUUCUGACAAUCGUUUGUGGCAAAAGUGAGUGCUUGGACAUUGUGUCCUAGUAUUCAGGCCCUAACAAAUUUUUGGCUGAUAAUAGAUCGAAAAAUACUAAAGAAUUACAAGCUUUAGAUUAGCACAUGUCAUGUUUCUGAUGUGUUAUUGAAAAAUUUACAGGUGCUCUGAAUUGUUUGAUCUUUUAUAAAUGCAUACUUUCAUCUCUGUUCUUAGCUUCAGCGCAAAACAAGAAUUUUGCAAAAGAAAAUGUCCAUCGAAUUAAAGAAAUACAGAAAGCAAAUCGUGAAAAACAGCGAGGGUCUACCCCAAGUGAACCAGUGAAGGCUGUUUAUAAACCAGGAAAGUUUGAUUCUGUUGAAUCCAAGGUGGCCCUGGAAAUUAAGGUGUGUAGAAUAUUGCUUCAUGGUUUUAUGGUUUGAACCUUUUUUGAAUGAAUGGCUUCUUUAUACCAUAGGCAUAUCCACAUGAGGUUUUAACUCUUUCAAUUUUCAAGGUCUCAGAAAUUUUUUAGAAACUUUCUCCUUACUGCCUGUCAUACAAUUCUUAUGAUGUUACUUUAGAUAAUUUGGUAUCGGAUCAACUAAUAAUCCCCCAAUUGUUAUUUUCUUUACUCUCAUCACUUGUCUGCUUGAUAUUAUACUGUAAUUUAUUGUAAGCAGAAAUUACAUCUCAGUCUCUUAUGGAAGUUAUAGGGUCAAUAGAUUUUUAAGAGGCAUCAGCAUGUACCUAACUUGGAAAAGAGAGUCAUGAGGAAUAAAACAAAAAUCAAUAGUACAGAUGAAGUAGAAAGUAAAAGUACAGCAAGUAGAACAAAAAGAAUUAAUUAACUUUAAAUUACCAAGGUAGCUAUUUAUAUAGCAAUUCAUGGAAGGGUGCCACCUCUUGGUCUGUUCAAAAGGUUGAUAAAGUUAUCCACUUUGGUAACAAUUAUCUGACCACUGAAUAACAUUAUCUAACCAUAGAUGUUAACUGAGCCCAAACAAACUCACCAAUAUUUGUGCCACUCCCAACAUGUCACUUUGUAACUUAUUUGGUAAUGGUGCCCAACUAGUAUCUGGGAGGCAGAAUUCAUAGCCUGAAUUUUUUCAGGCUUUUCUGCAAUGGAAAUUUUCUUUUCUUACUUUCCUUCACCUUGUGAGGAUCAUGUCUUUUCCCUAAAUCCACUACUGGUAAAAUUAAGCAUUCAAUUCUGCUAAAAAUUGGGAAAUGGCUGCUGCAAAAACUUUUUCUAUGGUAUUUUAAUAACUCUAUUGUUUAUGAUCAGCACUUGGGGUCAAACAAGGCAAAAGUAGCCCACCAAAGAUGGCAGACCAGCUAGAAGUUUUGAUUGGCUGGUAGCUUUUAUCGACAGUUCUGUCAUAUUUGUAUUUGUUUUUUUCAUUUUAUUUCUGGUUUAGGCAGCCCCACCGUCUCUAAAGCGUUCCAACUCUGCCACAUUUCUGCGAGCUGGCUCAAGGAAUGGUCCCCCAGUCAAGGACCGCCCAACUUCUUGUGAACCAGUGGUACCUCGUGAAAUGAAACUGACUGUUCCCAAAGCAACCAUAGCUAAAGAGGUAAGUUCUACAUCUGUGUUUACAACAUAAUUCAGAGUUUCUAAAGCUGGUGUCUAGGCCCUUUGCUCAAAAUGUCAGUUUUCCAAACUUUUUACAGUGACCAAUUUACAUUAACCCUUUAACUAAAGGGAUCUGAUUGUUAAUUCUCCCCUCUACCUGCCACACAUUUCCAUGUAAAUUAAUUAUGAGAACUUGGUGUUAGAUCAAGAUAACAACUUCUACCUGAUUAGUUUGAAUAUUCUCAUUACCCGUUUGCUGGAUAAAGUAAGGAUAUUAUGGGGAGAAGUUUCAUGUUGAUCACUUCUGGGAGUUUAAGUGUUAACAACUCAGGUGAUAAAACCAAACUAUCCACUUAUACCCCUAACCCUUUAACUCCCAGAUCAAAUUUGUAAUUCUCCUUACUGUCAACCAUACAAUUCUUGUAAUGUUAUUUCAGAGAAUUUAGUAUUGAAUCAACUGAUUAUCCCUAAAUUGAUACUUUUCUUUAUUCUCAUCACUUAUCUGGUUGAUAUUGUAUUGAUAUUGUAAGGAGAAAUUCUGUCUUGGUCACUCAUAGGAGUUAAAGGGUUAAAGGAUGCAGCCCCACAGUUUCUUUAGAAACUAAUGCUUCUUUAGUUCUCCCUUUCACUGGCAUAAUAUCAGAAUCAAACUUUCCUCCCUGAACACAAUACAUGUUUUCGUUAGUUACCUCAAUCAAGUUAGCAUUAUAUAUUAUUAUCUCCAGAGAUAAUCUGUCUGUUUGGUAGUGUAUGAAAAUAUUGUAAAGAGAAUUCUAAUUACCAAAUGAUCACUUAUGGAUAUGAAAGAGUGAAUAUACAUGUAUUUGUUUGGAGCUUCAGGCAUCAUUAGGCAGAAAAGUUGCUUAUUACCCUGCAAGGGGUUCGUCAAGCCCUCUUCCUUGUUUCUUCCUAGUGAGAGACAACUGUUGUGCUCUCGGAACAAUGAUACAACUUUAGACAUUCAAGAUAUACAUGUAACAACAAUUAGUUAUUCCCUUGAAACUUAGAUAUCCUUACUUUUAACUAUGGUAGUGUAUCCAUCAUGUCCAAUAAUUUCGUUUUAUUUCAGCACAAACCCCAAGUUAAAAAUGUCAACCACAUCGGCCAAAAUGUCCGCCGAGCCCCUUCACCUCUUAGACCCCGCCCGCCCUCAGUUAUCGCAGCAGAAGAAUUAGCAGCCAAGAAAAAAGAGCAAGAAAAGCGAUACCAGAAAGGAAAAGUACCUAAAUAGUGAGUGCAGUUUUACUAGCCUGCAGAAUAGGCGUAAUUUUGGCGGGCGAGUGUUGAGUAUUAUCUUGGGAAAAUCAUGGCUGCCAUCUUUGAUUUUUACAGCAGUGAAAGGCUGGGGAGAGAAAGAAAUUUGUACCAAGGGGGUGAGUGACGAUCAAAAGAAGGAGAGGAGCGAGGGUGGGGUAAUGAAUAUUAGUUUUUCCUCUUUCCCACCCCCCCCACCGUCCACUCCAGCUCCAAAUCAAAUAUGACGGAUGGAAUGAACGAUCGCGAACUUAAUGAUGUCAACUCGCUCUAAUAAGAUGCUUGUACUGCAGGCUACAUUUUUUUUCUGUAUUCAUGGGUAUUGAUGAAUAACUUGUGGGAAUUUGGUUUUAGAAUUUGGAUCGCAGAUCAGAACAAUAACAAAAGUCUUGUAAUAAUUUAGGAGAAUUUGCUUUCGUUGCAAUGAUGUCUGCAGAUGGUUGAUGUUCCAGCGUUGUUUUGUUAGGACCUCAAACCAGCGGCGUGGCUGAAAGUUAUGAAUGUGAUUAAUUUGCAGCCUGAAAGAGCGUCAAAAACAGUGGGAGGAGGAAGAAAGAAUAAGAAUCGCCAACACACCAGAUCCAAGUAUACCUCCUGGACACACUCUGAUGCCCAGAGAAGAACGGCUACAGACUCUGGCAGACCUUCAAAAAAGUAAGUUAAAGUUUAUCGUUGGAAUCAGGCUUAAGGCGCGUGAGAUCUGCUCAAGUUUCAAACAUGUGUUGGUCAUGCUUUUGUGCGGGGUUCAAGUAAAGUAAAUCCUCUAAGGAUGGAAACAAGGCUAAGGACGCCCGAGAUUUGCGACUAAGAUCGCGAGUUUAACAAGCGUUUAAACGCGUGGCUGACGCGCCCGUCCAAUACACCCAAACCACUACGAUUCGUCCACAGCCGUUGACGAAUCGACACACCGGAAGUAGAAUCGUGCGUUAACAUACCGGAAGUCAAGGGGCGUGAGCAAUGUAUGAAAGUAAAAGUAGGAUAAAAAGAGAAAGUGACAACGUAAACCUUCCACUUCCUCAAAGCGUAAAACGGUCGGAGGUCCAUUGUCAGAAUAUUCUAAAUAUUAAAAUGAACCUUUUUUCCUUCCUAAAGCGUUAAAUAGGGGCAUUAAAUGUUGACGAAUCGACACGAUUUGUACGGGUCGACACGACUCGUCAUUAGUAAUAUCCAUCCGUCUCACCGGAAGUCGAUUUGCAAAAGAAGACGAUACAACUUAACUUACUCUCGGGAGAAACUCCAAGAAUUGUUUCGGAGAGUAUGCGUGUUGUUUUGUAAAUAUAAACACUGCAAUCCAGGGCGUGAAAUUGCGCCUAAUACAGGCGCCAAUGCGACUAAAUUUUUCACUUUGGCGACCAAAUCCUGAAAGUUAGUCGCCAAAUUGGCGACUAAAACGUUUCAUCAUAACCUUACCAAGAGAUAUAGUGAAUUAAAAAGAUUCGCAAAUAUAAACCCGCGGCAAACUUCCUCGUUAAGUUUGUUUCCAAAACGUAGCACAUGCAUCUCGAUCGAUAACUAAACGCCAUCUUGGAUUUAGAUGAGCUUUAAUGUUGUAUAUCAUCCAUCCUAGUGUCCACUUGGUAGCACGUUAAGGAUCUUUUCCCUAACUUAAUUUUGGAGGGUCUCUCUAGAACGCUGACAGCGUAAAGAAAGAUUUUGUUUGUCUUUGAAAAUGGCGACCAACUUUUUUUGAAUUGGCUACCACUUUGAAGAAUUUAGAAGCCAAGUGGCUAUCAGAAAAAAUAAUUAAUUUCACGCCCUGCAAUCUAUUUUAACUUGUUUUUGUUUCCUUUAAGUAACGCGAUAUGUCUGUUAUGACCAGAGUACCAAGUUUUAUUCUUUAAUUUUGAUCUUCUCCACACUGUGCGUAGUUCAUGACCUGAUAUUUCAACGUAAAUUAUCGAGGCGCCUUCCGAUCACUUUUGUCUACUUUGUAAGUCACGCAAGCGCGCAAGCGUUACGACCGAUCAUGUUUACGCAACGAUUCAGGACAACUCGGCAUCUAAUCUCCUUUCAGUUGCUGUGAAAACCUUUAAUCCUCAACGUAGAAGAUAAACGAACGAAGUUUGAACGGUCAAAAGGAGAUCUUGGUCAAUUCUAAGAGUCAUGCAAAUGAUCUAUGACACGAGCGCAAUUGAGCAAACACAUGGAUUUGCGUUGUUUUUAAGAGGUUGGUGGAUGGAAGCUAGAGAUAUACCCGCGGGUUUGAGGCAAUUUGUGACCUCGUUGGUGUAUAAACUAUGCACUGAUAUGCUUUUUCAGCCCGAUUAAUGCCUGCAUUUUGAGAAUUCUUUCGUACAAAGUAGCGAGUUCUUGAUAUGCAAAUUAAGUUUGAAGAGAAGGGUCUCCUCUGAUCACGCUGGUAUGAAAAAUAUUUCAGCUGAAGUUUUCAUAUUUUGUCUGUGAACUAAAUGAAUACACCUUGUAACUUAUAGCAAGAUAGAAUCCCGUGAGUUACAUUGUUACAGUCGCUGCGCGCUGGACAAAAUCUUUGAAAUUUACACUUUCGAUCGCUGUCCACAGGGGUGGUCUGGCCAAAAAUCAUUUUUGGCUUGUGGCGACGCAAAAAAGAGAAUUGGAGAACAACUAAACAAGUUUUGGAACAUGUGCCCUAAACCCUUUUCAUGGGCAAAAAAUAAAAGAGAACUUUUUUCCGUCGGGAAGUUGAGAGGACCGCUCUUAGUGGCACUUAAAUAUCACACUUAUCUCGCCCUGGGCAGUAGUUUAGUUGUUAAUGCGAAGGUCUCAAGUACCCAGAGCAGAACUUUCUUUUCAGAACGUUCUUGGUGGAAAAUUGAUGUAACGUUAUCUUUUUUACUAUUUUUCUUUCUUUACAGAUCAAACAGAACUUCUCGCCCAACUAAACGCACUUCCCGUUCGAGUCGACACACUGAGAGUAAAGACUGCAAAAGCUGACCUUGAAAGGAAACUCGCAGAGAUAGAGGACGCUAUUAAGAUAUUUUCUCGACCUAAAGUGUUCGUUAAAGUGGACGACUGA